GUUGUUGUUUUCCAGCCGUGUACCGUGUUCGGCCUGUCAAACCGUGACUUCUCACCGGAGCGACGACACCGAAUAACCGGGAUGCACAUGACUAAAAAGAGCAGAAACACAAUGAAGCCGCCGUCUCAGACUCAGUCCUCUUCUGUCAGCAGCCUGGUAUUUGAAGGCGUCUACAACAACGCCCGCAUGCUUCAUUUCCUCACAGCGGUCGUGGGCUCCACCUGCGAUGUGAGAGUUAAAAAUGGCACCGUGUACGAAGGAAUCUUUAAGACGCUGAGCUCACAGUGUGAGCUGGCUGUGGAUGCUGUUCAUAAACGCAGUGAUGGAGAUGGAGGAGGAGGUGGAGGAGGUGAAGAAGGGGGAGGUCAGUCCUCUCCUCUUCCAAAGAUCGAGGAUAUAACUGAAACCAUGAUCUUCAGCCCGUCAGACCUCGUCACUAUGACCUGCCGGGACGUCGACCUGAACUUUGCCAUCAGAGACACUUUCACCGACACGGCGAUCAGCUCGUCGCGACUGAACGGCGAGCAUCGUGAGAAGGUGCUGCAGAGGUGGGACGGAGACGGAAACGGAGAAAACUUUGAGCUGGAGGCCGACACGUCAAACGGCUGGGACGCCAACGAGAUGUUCAAGUUCAAUGAGGAGACGUACGGCGUGAAGUCAACCUACGACUCCAGCCUUUCCAUGUACACCAUGCCUUUGGAGAAGGGCAACUCAGAGGUUUUCCGGCAGCGGGAGGCGCGAGCAGCCCGGUUAGCCAGCGAGAUCGAGAGCAACCUUCAGUAUCGCCGGCGGGUUUCUCUGGAGAAUGACGAGGGCCGGAGUGAGGAGGACAAGUUCAGCUCAGUGGUCCGAGACCGAGAGGACAGAGCGAGUCCCGGAUUCACUGCCAGCAGCAGGUACGGCCUGUCCAGGGAGGGUAAAUACAUCCCUCUUCCCCAGAGGGCUCGAGAGAUCGGCCUGUCUGCCGGCAGAACCGGAGCCUCCGGUCGGUCCACGGCGCCAGCUUCUUCCAGACACCCGCCGCCCAGCUCCUCCUCCCCCAAACCGUCCUCUGACAGGAGCAGCCCGCUGUCCGUCAGAACCGCCUACUCUCCCCACCAGUCGCAGAGCAGUCCGCCGGCCGCCAGCAGCCCACCCUGCACCAAUCACGUCCUCCCACACUCUCUGUCGCAUCCGCAGGCGCUCGCCGACACGACGCGCUCGAACGUCAAUGGAGUCGCAUCGAGAACUUCCCCGAAAUCCCAGAGACUUCAGAGCAACAGAACGCUGCGAACCCCGAACUCCCAGUCCUCUCCUGCAGUCUCUCGCGCUCCGAAACUAGACGCCCCUUCCCAGGACCCCCCCUCGGUCGGUCCCGCUUACCUGGACUCCUCCCCAUCCACCGUCACCACGGCAACCGCCACCACCAAACCCUCCGGCCCCACCCCUCUCUUUCCCGUCGAUGUGAAUGAAAUCCUCAGCACAGCAGCUAAAGAGCGAACUGAAAGUCUGUCCAGUCCACAGGAAGGCAAAAGCAGCAAAGCUCCCUCAGUGCAGCAGAGAUCCCAGCUGGAGGAGCUCCGCAAGUUCGGCAAAGAGUUCAGGCUGCAGCCCAGCUCGUCUCCUUCAUCCAGCCCGGCUUCUGCUGAUCCUCCUCCAGACCACCCUGCUCCUCCGGUGGAGUCUUCAUCCUCGCCCUCACCUGGACCACCCAAACCUGCACAAGAUCUUCAGCCGACUACAGAAACUACAGUUCCCACCACCUCCACAGCUGCUGCGCCGCCUCUUGCAGUGACACCUGGGCCCCAGCCAUCCGGACCUGAGGGGCCACAGCCCGGUUCAGGCCAGCUGACCAUACCAGGCAGCGGGGAGGAAGCGUCUCAGGACGGCAGUGACCGAGCUGAGGCUGCGAAUGUCGCUUCAGCGCAAGUGAAAAACUCGACAUUGAAUCCGAAUGCAAAGGAAUUUCUUCCCAUUAAAGGAAACACAGUGCUGAAGCCGGCGUCAACACCAACCCCGCCUCGACCGACCCCGCCCAGCCCCUCGGUGGUCCUUCCCCCUCCAGGACAGCCAGGAGGCGGAGCCAUCUACAGCAGCCCACCUGGACACUACCUGUCCUACGUCUCCCCCAUCACCCUGCAGGGACACUCCAUCCAGGCUCCUCAGAUGUAUCAGUACACCAUGUCCACGGUCAAUCAGGGCAAAUACCCCCGACCCAAAGGCCCGGUUGUGGGUCAACGUCCAGACCACCACGCCUCCCCGGCCUCCUCCAUGAUCUCAGCUGCAGCCUCGGCAGCAGGACCUCCACUGGUGGCGUCGCCUUACCCCCAGUCCUACCUGCAGUACGGUCAGGUGAUCCAGGCCAUGCCGCCGCACUACCAUGGACAGGUACAGCAGCAGUCAUUCAUGUUCCACACGCCGGUUUACUCGAUGCUGCAGAGCGGUGCGAGGAUGCUGACGUCUGGUGCUCCUCCUCAGCCGAUGGGUCCUCCUGGACCUCAGUAUCCCGGUCAGGGCGAGGGCCCACCAGGGCCCCAACAGGCCAUGUAUGCUCCUCAGUCCUUCUCCCACCACCAGGGCUCCAUCCAUCAUCCUCAGCCCUCCAGCACUCCCACCGGCAGUCAGCCUCCACCCCAGCACACGGCACCCAGUCCUGGACAUGCUCAGGCGUCUCAGAGCGGCCCUCAGCCUCAGUCUUUGUUCCACUCUGGAGGUUUGUCGGCUCCGACGCCCCCUAACCUGCCGCCGGGCCACAGCUCCCCCCAGGCCUCCUACACCAUGCAGGGCUACAGCCUCCAAACCCACCAGCCGCUGCCCCACGGCUUCGCCUCCAUCAGCCAGCUCACACAGGCUCAUGUACCAGGAGGUUUGUCUGGACCUCACCACACCGCCGGCCAUGGCCCGCCGCCCGUCAUGCUGCACUACGCUCCCACUCAGCAGGGCGGCGGCUCCAACCCCCAGCACGGCCCACCACCCCAACAGGGGGCGCCACAACACUUCUACAUCGGACCUCCGCAAGCUGUGCAGGUUCAGGCUCACCCCACCCAGCAGCUGUCCUUCCACCCCUCAGCCAACUGAAAUCCACCUGGACAGCGUCACCCUAACAUUCCCACCUCCUGACGUCAAACUAACUGGCCCUGAUUUUUACCCACAUCUUUUAGAAAAGCAGACGGAGGACA